UUGGAUGCACAGGAGCUCAGCAAAGCGGAUGUUGUUGUCUUUGCGGGGUUCAAAGUUGGCAAGAUGGCGUCGAGUGGUGGGGAGCUUGGGGGCUCAUUCGACCAUCACUUGCAGAGGGCGGUAUGCGACACGCGAGCCAAAUAUCGGGAGGGCAGACGGCCUCGCGCUGUCAAGGUAUACACAAUCAAUUUGGAAUCUCGGUACUUAAUAAUACAAGGAGUUCCUGCAGUGGGAGCGAUGAAGGAAUUAGUUGAGCGAUUUGCUUUAUAUGGUGCAAUUGAACAGUAUAAUGCUCUAGAUGAAUACCCAGCAGAAGAAUUUACAGAAGUUUAUCUUAUUAAAUUUCUGAAUUUACAAAGUGCAAGGACAGCCAAGAGGAAAAUGGAUGAACAGAGUUUCUUUGGUGGAUUGCUUCAUGUGUGCUAUGCUCCAGAAUUUGAGACCAUUGAAGAAACUAGAAAAAAAUUACAAGAGAGAAAGGCUUAUAUAAUGAGAACUACUAAAAGUAAAGACCAUAACAUGACAAAGAAGAAACUGGUUACAGAGCAUAAAGACACAAAAGAUUUUAGACAGGACUUCCACUCAGAGAUGUCUGGAUUUUGUGCAGCUACGUUGAACACUUCUGGAAACUCAAAUCCUUAUCUUCCUUAUUCUUGUGAAUUGCCUUUAUGUUAUUGCUCCUCAAAAUGUACAUGUUCAUCAGGGGAGCAUGUGAACAAAGCAUCCGUUGCCUCUCAGGAUGGUAGAAACCAUGAUGAAACAGUGGAGCAUGAUAACCACAAUAACUCUUUGCAGAAAAUACAGAUGAAAACUUUUAAAAAGUCAUUAGCCUGCCCUGAUGCACAAAAGGUUGUUACUUCUUCAGAGGCAAUUGACAGAUUUAUGCCUAGGACAACCCAGUUGCAAGAGCGGAAAAGAAGAAGAGAAAAUGAUCGUAGACUUGGAACUUUUCUUGAAACAAGCACGAGUAGUAGUGAUGUUUUGAUUGGGCCUCUAUUACCAGAUAUAGCUAAAGUGGAUAUGGAUGAUGACUCGUUGAAUACAACAGCAAAUUUAAUUCGGAAUAAACUUAAAGAGGUAAUUUCUUCUGUGCCAGAGCCUUCAAAGGACAACCUAGAAGAUGUGCAUACAAGUCAUCCAUUAAAACAAAGAAGAAGAAUAUAGAUCGCCAGCAGUAAACUAUUUUUUAUUUUUAGUCUGUUGUUUUAAUUCUUGAAAUUUUACUGCUGUUAUUUAUGCACGCCUCUUUGUAAUUUCAUUCAUGCUAUUUGUCUAAUAUUAUUUUUUAAAAAUUAUAGUUUAUUCUUUAUUAUAGAUAUUAUUUUGAUCCAUAUCUUAAAAUUACAGAAACUGUCUUGUCAUAUAACAUUACCUCUCAUAUUUUUUCAUUACUGCUCUUAUUACAGUAACUAUAUGUAAACUAAUUGAAUCAAAUAUAAAAACUUUACAAUACAAAUAAGUUAGACAACCAGGCUCUGUUUCUGAUUUUCUUAAUACAAGAAUUCUGUGAUUCACAUUCAAAAAUUAGAAGUCAGGACGUUUUUGAAUGCCAGAACUUCAAAAUCAAGACAAUUCUGUAAAAUAAAAAAGUUAAUAAACUUAUUAAAACAGAGCUGAAAUUAGAAUCUUACAUGCUUUGGUUAACUCCUAAGAAGAAUUUACUUGGCUAUAGCAAUCAAAAGCAAAUCAGUACUUGUAAAUGCUAAAUUUAUUUUACUUCUUUUGACACAUCUACUUUUUUUCUGUAAGUGGACCACAUAAUUGGAAAUCCAACUCUCCGGGCUAUUUCCAUUUUUUUUAAUUGAUUAAAGUAAUUUGAGAAUGCCCAUA